AUGUUGUCCCGACGCAUCUUCCAGCAGCUGACCGACAGCUUGCUUCUAGGUCCUCGCAAUUGCGCGCCCCUGGCCUGUUCCGCUUCGAAAUGCUCUUCCCGCACGAAGCCAGCGAGCAAGAGACAUGCUUCCUCUUCCUCGUCUACGCGAUGGAAGAGUCGGCAGGGCAGCGAUUACUUUGCUAGGGAGGCGAAAGUGCAAGGCUUGAAGAGUCGUGCGGCUUUCAAGCUUCUCGAAAUCAAUGAGAAAUACAAGCUCUUCAAACCUGGCCAGACUGUAGUUGACCUGGGAUUUGCUCCAGGUUCCUGGUCUCAGGUUGCCGUCAACCGUACCUCACCCGGCGGUCGCGUCAUCGGCAUCGACCUGAUCCCCGCCCAACCUCCGAAAGGCGUAUCCACGAUCCAGGGAAACUUCCUCUCCCCCGACAUACAGGCAGACGUCAGGCAAUACGUCCAAGAUCCCGAUCUGGGUCGACCUCGACGCCAAGUUACCUCUCCGGAACACCACGAGGGCUACAGUGAAGAAGAUGUCGAAGAGCUGGAACGCGGCUACAUCGACUUGGAGCGACACGCGUUGGGAGGGAUAGAAAUAGAGACAUUAGGCCAGGCGGGCCAGGAGGGAUCACGCCAGGAAGCGGAGGAGAGUAAAUUGUCGCUGAAAGAACGAGACAAGCGGAAAGGCAGAGUCGUCGAUGUCGUGCUGAGUGACAUGUCAGAACCCUGGGACCAGACGACUGGCUUCCAUAAAAAGAGCCUUAGUGACCCGUAUACUAGGAUGAUGAACACGAGUGGCAUUGCGUUCAAGGACCAUGCCGGAAGUAUGGAUCUUUGCAUGGCCGCGCUGAAUUUUGGAUUCGACACGCUGCGGACUGGCGGUCACUUUCUGUGCAAAUUCUAUCAAGGCUCCGAGGAUAAAGCGUUGGAGAUGACGUUGCGGAGACUGUUCACGAAAGUGCAUCGGGAGAAACCUGAUUCUUCGAGAAGUGAGUCCAAGGAAGCCUAUUUUGUGGCACUUCGUCGGAAGGAGGCUCCGACGAGAGAGGAGGUCUUCCGAGAGUAG